CAUUACCGCAGAGUAACAAGAUCGGUCACCCAAUACGCUUUUAUUGUCGUGUUUCGCUGGGAUUAUCUGGUGGGACUGGUAGCGCGGCUCUUUUUUUUUUUUUUUUUUCUUUUUUGGUUCAGCUCAGUCCCAUCCUGCGCCGCAAUGAGUGUGAGCGUGACUUCGGAGAACGUCUUUCUGACGGCGCUGCAGCCCAACACGACCGUCAGUACUUACGCGGUGCCGUCCGAAAACGAGCUCUCGCACGGCGGGACUCACGCCAAAGAGAACUCCAGAUUUAAACGCGUGCAUCAGCAGGUGUCCAUGAGACUGGCGGAGAAAUCCACUCUCCCGCGCCAGAACGGCUCUUCGUCACAAUACGCAGCCUCAGAAUCUGGGAAUUACUCAACAAUGACAAAAUACCAGACCCAAAGCUUCACCCCAAAUUAUAGCUCAAAAUCUUUCAUCUAUUCCACAAGCAGACCAAUGGUGUCACAGCGUCCUUCUCAGUACUCUAGAGGUGGAUACUCGUCCCGCUCUGCCACCGAUUUCACCCCAAGAACCAAAAUUAGCUACGCAGGAGGAGGUGGUGGUGGAGGCUACCAAGAAGACCUUGUGAGUGGUGGAUACCAGAGUGGCGGUUACCAGAGUGGUGGUUACCAGAGUGCCACUUUCCAAAGUGGUGGCCAGCAGCAAGUCAACGCAAUGACUCGUUCCUUCAGCCGAAUGGGGGGCGACCAAGACACCAUGUCGGUGCAUUCCAUGCGUACAUCGUCCAUUCCACAGCAGGCUGUUUCUUCCUGGGUGGGACAAGAUGACAGUGAUGGCAGUCUUGUUUCAGAACGCGAUGCCACGUAUGCGCAACAAGCGUCCAUCCACAACAUGAGCAACGGCUACACCGCCAGCACCUACCCAUGCCAGUCUGUGUACUCGUCGUCCAGAAUGAAUGGCUAUGACAGUGAACAGCAGCAGGCCAGUUCCAUGACGCUACCGCCCAUGCGACGCUCCCUCAGUGGAACGCUCAUGACUAGCAGCGGAGGCGGCAUGGAACAGGAAGUUUACACUCGUCAGCAGUCCUUCAAAGGCCCUGCCCACCGUACCAUCAGCCGAAUCAACAAUCGCCAGCAGAGUCGUGUAUGCAGUGUUCCAACUAGCAUGUAUGGUAGCUCUGGAGGUGCUUAUGGUGGUUCCCAGAGCAACCUGGCCAUGAUGCAGCAGGGAAGACUGUCGCGUGCGGGUUCCAUGAGAAGUUUGCGCAGUGUUGGGAAGGGAAAGGAUGUGUUUGACGGCAUGGAAAUGAGUGGCAGUAUGGGUAACCUGAGCGGACUCAACAGUCUGGAUAUGUCUGCUGCCAUAAGCUAUCUAGAUCAGCCCGAUCCAAACCUUCAGGUGCUGGGAGCUGCCUACAUCCAGCACGAGUGCUACCAUAACAACGACGCAAAGAAACAGGUUAACCAGUUGAAGGGAAUUCCAUAUCUAGUGCAGCUGUUCAACUGUGGGAACCAGGAGGUACAGCGCUAUGCGACCGGAGCCACCAGAAACCUCAUCUACGAGAACAUGGAGAACAAAGUGGCCCUCAUUGAAGCCGGUGGGAUCCCCAAACUCAUUGAAACUCUGAAAGACCAAGAUGACGAAAUCCGAAAAAACAUCACAGGUAUUCUGUGGAAUCUCUCCUCUAAGGAUAACCUGAAAGAAAAGUUGGCGAGGGAAACACUUCCUGAAUUAACAGACAAGAUUCUGAUUCCACUCUCGGGCACCGGAGAGCAGGAAAUCAUUGAGCUGAGCCCAUCAGAAAAAGACAUCUUCUUCAACACCACUGGCUGUCUCAGGAAUCUGAGCUCAGUGAACGAGAAGACCAGACAGCAAAUGAGAGAGAUGCGUGGCCUUGUAGAUGCUCUUGUUGGCUAUGUUAAGAAAUGCUUGGAUGACAGUAAAGUGGAAGAGAAGGGUGUGGAGAACGCUGUGUGUGUAUUGAGGAAUCUGUCUUAUCAGCUGUACAGUGAGAUCCCCCCAUCAGCACUAGCUCGGUUGGAGGGUCCGAGUCGUGCUCAAGGCUCUUCAAAAGGAGAAGCCAUCGGCUGUUUCACACCUCAGAGCAAGAAGGCCAAAGAUAGGCAAAAUCAGGACCUCACUACAUUCACAGAGGUGUCACGGCAGCCCAAGGACAUAGAGUGGCUCUGGCACCCUAAGAUAGUGGAGCUGUACAAUCAGGUGCUGCAACGCUGUGAGAUCAACAACAUCACACGAGAGGCUGCAGCUGGAGCCCUGCAGAACAUCACCGCUGGAGACAAGAGGUGGGCAUCCGUCCUGAGUCGCGUAGCAUUGGAGCAACAGAAGAUGUUGCCUGUCGUUUUGGAUCUUCUCAGGACCGACAAUGAUCUGGAACUCCGUUCUCUCACUGGGUUCCUUAGAAACCUCUCCCGUCAUGCCAGAGACAAGAACGACAUGGCCACAAAGGUGGUUAAACUAUUGGUCAACAAGCUUCCCAUCGACGGCCGCCCAAAGGACCCAUCGAGCGAUGUGGUUGUGAACAUCUGUGGUGCCCUGAACAACCUGGUGACCAGCAGCAGUGUGGCGGCACAAGACAUCACCUUGAAUGAUGGCCUGCCCAAGCUGGUGGGCAUCAAGACUUCCCAUGACAGCAGUCCUGGCAAACUGAAAGCAGCCAAAGCAGCAGCAACGGUGCUAACCAACAUGUUCCAGUACAAGAAGUUACACAAAGAAUACAGAACUAAAGGGUUCCUGAAAGAAGAUUUUGCUGAAAUGGGCAUCUGAAUCAGUAGUUUGCUGUUUGAAUAAUACAUCAUCAAUCAUAUUGUAUAAUAAGAAGACUUUUUAAAAAGACAAUGGGUAAAGAUAUCUCUCAAUACUGCCAUAGAAAACAGACAACCACGCCUGCAACAUAAUGAAAUGUUCCGAAACAUGUAAAUGUGUAUAAAACAUACAAUAUUUUAUUGCUAUAGCAUGCACCUUAAGCAAUUUCCUAUACAGCCUUUUUUAAUUUUUUUUAAUUUAGCAAAUUUUCCCCAAAAUCCUCAGGGAUUUAUUGCAGUGUAUGUUUUUUUUUUUUUUUUUUUUAUACUGUUUUUUGGAGGUUUCAUACAUUUAUAUAGUAGGAAUACACAUUAUCUAUGAUAAGAGCUUUCCCAGGAAUUCUGGGAAGUCAAUCACUCUUUUUGAUUGAGAUAUAUAUAUAUAUACUUGUAUAUGUGUGUGUGUGUGUAUGUGUGUGUGUUUAUAUAUAUAUAUAUAUAUAUUAGGUAUUUGUAGACAAAAUAGCUGUAUUAUGAUUGUAGGACAAGACAUUUUUGCAGGAAAUUUGGAAUUGUAAGGUUAUAGAUGACACGAGAAGACUGUCAUUUAUUUUACACUCAAAGUUUAUUUUACACACAGAUGUAAACACAGGCUGGACAGAUUCAUGCUGUUAAUCAGCCUGCUUUUCAUAACAAAACUGCUUAUGUCUUACUAGUCUGCUUAAAAUCUAUUGGGUUUUCUAUAUUUUUGGUACUUUGUUGUAGUACAGUAUGUAAAAAAAGCUUUUUGAGCAAAUUAUGUAUAAUUAUUUCAUGUGCAAAUAAUGAUUUGAGUUUUAUUUUCAUAAUGUUGGAUUAAGACAGUAUGGAAAAAUACCAUGCAGAUGUUUGAAUGUAAAUGUUACGUGUGGUUGCUUUAAAACCCACACAAAUGGUUAACGAAAAGGGUGCAGCAUUCCAUGCAACAUUGUCGCAUUAAGAUUGUUUAACUCGCUGUAAUAUACCAAAUGAACGUAGUUUUUCCUAUAUGCAAUUCGAAGAGCAAUCACAAAACUGCUCUAACUUAGCAAGAACAUGCACAUAAUUUCUGUUGUCACAUUUUCAAGAUAAUACAAAGUGUCUAAUUUUUCAUAAUUGGAUAUGGUGCAAUGUGUGCACUCACAUGUAGUGUUAAUUUUUUGGAUAAACUUGUUUUUAUUGUGGUUUUCACAUGUUGAAUGUUCGGUUUGGGUUGGUAUGUUUUCAAUUUAUAUUUAAGCCGGUGUGCAUGCAACAUAAAAUUGUCAGUUGUCAGACUGUUAUGAAUGAUUUGCAAACUUGUAAUAUGUGGGAAAUGCUUUUACAGUAUGAUGAAUUAAUCCUGCGGAGAGGUCUGGCACUUUUUGGCCUUCAAGAAUGCACAGAAUGUUCCCUACAAAUCCUUUGAUCAUUCUCAGAUGUCCAGUGUAUUUUAUAUCUCAACUUAAAUUUAAUUGUAAUUCUUUUCAUGUGUGUGCCAUAGGUCUAUAUAUUCAUAUAAAAACACAAUAAAAAGUGAAUAAAGUGGAAAUUUGUUUCUUA